GAUGGUACAGUUCAUUUCAGUCACGCAAGCUAUUUUAUUUGCUGGGAAACAACUUCAGCGACUUCACAUUGAAGAGAAAGAUGUUGAUGAGAAGGGGCAAUCAAGGAGUGUGCACUCUGUUUUGUUAAGAAAGUUGAUUUUGACAGCUUCAUCAUCUGGUAUAAUUGGGAAUGCUGCAAAACUAUUGUCCACCCUAAACAAAGAAGCAGCUGAUAAAGGGGAUUUACCUAACUUAUUCAUUAUUUCAAGUGGCCAAUUCCCAGAGGUUGCUAAAGCAAGGUCACUGGUUCAAUCAGCAAAGGAGAAAUUGGAUUUAUUAAUUGGAUUGUAUCGGAAGCAGCUUCGAAUGAACAAUUUGGAAUUCAUGAGUGUUUCUGGGACCACACAUUUGAUAGAGUUACCUGUAGAUGUAAAGGUACCUUCAAAUUGGGUGAAGGUAAAUAGUACAAAAAAGACUGUUCGCUAUCACCCCCCUGAGGUAUUGAGUGCCCUAGAUCAACUAUCUCUGGCAAAUGAGGAGCUCAUGAUUGCAUGUAGAGGUGCUUGGGAUAGUUUUCUAAGGGCAUUUGAUAAAUAUUUCUCUGAGUUCCAAGCUGCUGUCCAAGCUCUGGCUACUUUGGAUUGUCUGCAUUCACUUGCCAUUCUGUCAAGAAAUAAGAAUUAUGUUCGUCCAGUUUUUGUUGGUGAUAGUGAACCUGUUCAGAUGCAUAUUUGUUCUGGUCGUCAUCCGGUUUUGGAGACAGUAUUACAAGACAAUUUUGUCCCAAAUGACACAAAUUUGCAUGCAGACGGAGAGUACUGUGAGAUUGUUACUGGACCAAACAUGGGUGGAAAGAGUUGCUAUAUUCGCCAAGUGGCUCUCAUUGCUAUCAUGGCCCAGGUUGGUUCCUUUGUACCAGCAUCAUCAGCAAAACUGUGUGUGUUAGAUGGCAUCCACACCCGAAUGGGCUCCUCUGACAGUAUCCAGCAAGGAAGGAGCACCUUUCUAGAAGAACUGAGUGAGGCAUCUCACAUAAUCCACAAUUGCACAUCACGCUCAUUGGUUAUCAUCGAUGAACUGGGGAGAGGCACAAGUACACAUGAUGGCGUAGCAAUUGCCUACGCUACAUUGCAUUAUCUUCUGGAGCAUAAGAGAUGCAUGGUCCUCUUUGUCACCCACUACCCUAAAAUUGUUGAUGUCAAGAAUGAAUUCCCAGGCUCUGUGGGGGCAUACCAUGUUUCAUAUAUGAUGUCACAGAGAGCUAUGGAUAUGGAUACGGAUAAAACAGGCUCAAAAUCUGAUAAAAAUGCUCAAACUAUGGAUCAUGAGGAUGUCACCUACCUUUAUAAGCUUGUGCCUGGCGUUUCAGAGAGAAGUUUUGGGUUUAAGGUUGCACAGCUUGCACAGCUACCUUCUUCAUGUAUUCGCCGAGCCAACAUCAUGGCUGCAGAAUUGGAAGCAAUGAUUGUCAGCAGAGUGAAAAACAGUUCAGCACAAAAGACGUUACAAGGAUCACAAGAGAGCAUCUCAAUACAAUCUGGUUGCUCCGGGGCAGAACAAAUAGGCCUGGAAGAAGAUGCUUGCAGGGAGUUCUUUUUGGACUUGAAAUCAGCAUUGGGCAAUGCUGAUCCCGAAAGAAGCCUCCAGUUUUUGAAGCAUGCUAGAAGCAUUGCAAAAGAGUUGAUAGGCAGAUAAAAGAGAAGAUCCAGAAAGCAGAAUGGCAUAUGUAUAGGAUGGAGAGGACAUUGAUACUUGCAGAUACAAACACACAUACAGAUGGUGAAUGUUUUCAGUUUGUAGAUAAUUUUUGUGUGAAGAUUUUGUAUUCGGAUCCCUCCUGACAGUUGCUUUUUGUACUCUCACAUGUACCUUCCAGUUUCAGCAAUGGUUUUUCUUGAGCUCCUUCAUA